GCCCUUUUAAACGUUCCACGGCCACUGUGAGUCACAACGUGCUCCUCUGCUCUCAUCAUGGCUGUUUGGGUCGCCUCAGGGACUUUGCUCCUUCUUCUGCUAGCUGGUGCUGCCUACUGCCACCCGGUGAUGCAAGGUCCUGGGCCAUUAUCACGCAGCAGAGCUUCAAAGCCUGGAUUCACACCAGAGCUUUCUGUCUCUGGGGCAAGGCCCAGAAGUUCAUAUCAGAGCCCGGUUGAGCAAGCACGUCUACCUCUUCUGCCUGCUGAUGAUCAAUUACCAGACUUUUUUCCAGAUGGUCCUGCAUCCCUUAGUUUCUCCCAUCAUACUGCUGGCCAAAGCCCCUCAGAUGGCAGACCUAACCUUGCAGGCUCUGUAGUAAACACACCUGUGGUCUCUGGUUCUUCAUUUGGACAACCACAGUCUUCACUUUAUCCAGUUCCUUACCCUCCCCCUGUCUACUCCCAAUAUCAGCCGGGUGAGCUGUUCCGCAUGGAGAGUACCUUUGAGCACGGUGAUGAUGAGACUGAGACCGAAAGUCAAGGCUCACUGUCACCUCCUGGACCCUUUCCUUAUAAUGCAGCACCUCAAAGUGGACCAAGCUUUACCAGCAUGCCACAACCACCUUAUAGCUAUGGCUAUGUCCCUUACCCUUUCGAUUACAAUUUCUUGACUGGCCAGUAUCCUGUAGGCACUAUUUCCCACUUCAGCACCAGCUUUGAACGAGGCAGGAACUACAACCAGGAUGUCCGCUACGAGAAGCAUGAAGACGAGCCCCAAGACUUGCCUUACAGUGCUGGAGCACAUGAAAAUCUGAUGCACCCGGGACACUUCCAUCAUGCUUCAAGUGGAUACGAACCAAGCUCUAGGAAUGUUCACUACAAUCCUUACUACCAGCAAAGUCCUGUUUAUCAGAAAGAACCUUGGCACACUAAAAGGGUUGGACACUAAGUCUCUAGUCUUUUGAAAUAAAACAAUCAGAACACAA